GAAGAAUUGAUACCUCGCUCAAAUCCCUAAUUUUGCUCCGAGCUCUCGUCGGCAGAGCCGCGCCUUCGUCUCCUCUUGCUAGUAGUUUUCUCCAGCCAUGGGUAAGGAGAAGGUACACAUCAACAUUGUGGUCAUUGGCCAUGUCGAUUCCGGCAAGUCCACCACCACCGGCCAUCUCAUUUACAAGCUUGGCGGUAUUGACAAGCGUGUGAUUGAGAGGUUUGAGAAGGAGGCUGCUGAAAUGAACAAGAGGUCAUUCAAAUAUGCUUGGGUUCUAGACAAGCUCAAGGCUGAGCGUGAAAGAGGAAUCACCAUUGAUAUCGCUCUCUGGAAAUUCGAGACCACCAAGUAUUACUGCACUGUUAUUGAUGCUCCUGGCCAUCGCGACUUCAUCAAAAACAUGAUUACUGGAACUUCUCAGGCUGAUUGCGCUGUCCUGAUCAUUGAUUCCACCACUGGUGGUUUUGAAGCUGGUAUCUCCAAGGAUGGCCAGACUCGCGAGCAUGCUCUGCUUGCUUUCACUCUUGGGGUGAAGCAGAUGAUUUGCUGCUGUAACAAGAUGGAUGCCACCACCCCCAAGUACUCGAAGGCUAGGUAUGAUGAAAUCGUCAAGGAAGUCUCCUCCUAUCUGAAGAAGGUUGGCUACAACCCUGAGAAGAUUCCAUUUGUUCCCAUCUCUGGGUUUGAGGGUGACAACAUGAUAGAGAGAUCCACAAACCUUGACUGGUACAAGGGUCCAACUCUUCUCGAAGCUCUCGACCUGAUCCAAGAGCCCAAGAGGCCAACAGACAAGCCCCUCCGACUCCCCCUUCAGGACGUCUACAAGAUCGGUGGUAUUGGAACCGUCCCUGUCGGUCGAGUGGAGACUGGCGUUUUGAAGCCUGGCAUGGUAGUCACCUUUGGUCCCACCGGUCUCACCACUGAAGUAAAGUCCGUUGAGAUGCACCAUGAAGCUCUUCAGGAGGCCCUCCCUGGCGACAAUGUCGGGUUCAAUGUGAAGAAUGUCGCAGUAAAAGAUCUGAAGAGAGGUUUCGUCGCCUCGAACUCCAAGGAUGAUCCUGCCAGGGAAGCCGCUAACUUCACUUCCCAGGUCAUCAUAAUGAACCACCCUGGUCAGAUUGGCAACGGCUAUGCUCCCGUGCUGGACUGCCACACCUCCCACAUUGCCGUCAAAUUUGCCGAAAUCCUGACCAAGAUCGACAGGCGGUCUGGCAAGGAGCUCGAGAAGGAGCCCAAGUUCCUGAAGAAUGGCGACGCGGGUUUCGUGAAGAUGGUUCCCACGAAGCCUAUGGUGGUCGAGACCUUCUCCGAGUAUCCUCCACUAGGCCGUUUCGCCGUGAGGGACAUGAGGCAAACUGUGGCUGUCGGAGUCAUCAAGAGCGUGGAGAAGAAGGAUCCCAGUGGAGCCAAGGUUACCAAAUCUGCUGCCAAGAAGAAAUAAAGCUGAAAUGAAUAACUCCUUAGUCUUGUUUAUGUUAUAAGGUUGUCUUUGUGUUGGUCUAAUCCGGUGCAGCUUUCCAGUAUCAGAUUCCAGAUCCGGUGCUUGAUAUGCUGUGGCGGUGAGGUUUUGGUGUCUUUUAUGCUUUUUGUUUUAUGCGACUGUUUAAUUUGGUUGAGUUGAGAAGACUGCUUUUUUUUUUAACAGCUCUUUUUUCAUCAUGUUUCUUGCACUGCUUGUUAAAUUUAGAUUUAUACAUUUUUUAGAUUCA